AUGAGGGAAAUUCAUCACUACGGGGGUGAUCGUUACUCGUGGGAUGUUGCCAAAGAGGCUGUGAACUACGAUGGCAGCUACACGGAUAACAUAUUCUUGCAGACUAUUGGCGACGACUACGUCACCUACGCUUUCCAGUACGCCCACGAGGCCGUGCAGGCCUCUGAUGCCAAUAUCAAGCUCUUCUACAACGACUACCAGCUGUCUUUGCCGGGCGAAAAGGUCAACACGGUCAUGAAUAAGCUCAUCCUAGGCAUUGAGUACCGAGGCCUACAAGGGCAUCACUGUUUGGGACUAUAA